UGGAGGAGUCUCCUGCUCGAAUCUGUACAUGGCACACAAUGGAAGAGAUGCUGUCCUGCUCGGGUGGGGCGGGACAGAGGGAGGAGCUAUGGCUUGGUUCUGCCACCGUGCCACUGUAACCCGCUACCUCUAAGCAUAGCUUCGCCCCAACAUGCCCCGAAUGUUAUUAGUAUCAAUAUGGCAGCUCAGAUUGCAACCGGCUCAGCUUUCAAGUCAAUACUGCAGAGUGUAACCCGUAUCGCGUAGCCCGACGCCCGGCUCUCCACUCUGCUCAAGUAGCGAAGUACGGCAGAGCGUUAGGCUCCUUGCUACCGAACUAUCUAACUAUGGACAAAAACUAUGAAGAACCCGAGUCGGUCGCAGAGGAUCUACCCGUUAAGAUUAAGGAAGAACCCCAGGAUGACAUUAAGGACUAUGCUGAGACUACCAUGAAUGAGCUGUUAGGCUGGUACGGCUAUGACAAAGUCAGCAGUAGUGAAACGGAACAGCUUAACCUGGGGCGUUAUCGGCCUGAAGACGGCAUGGAUGACGGCGACGUGUGUGAUGGUGACAGUCUGGAUGGCAGCGAGAGUGGACUGAUGACGCCGGAAGAGGGAGAGAGUGGGCGUCUCAGUGCAGCCAACAGUGAGUCCUCCUUGGCAGCACAGCACCGGAACCUUGUCUCAGCACUCAACAGGCGACAGGAGAGUGGCACACCGGGGCUGUCCGACUCCUCCUCCCCAUCUUCCUACAUUGUGUGUGCAUGGUGCCAAAAGACUGGAAUGAAGCUGUUCACUUUGAAGAGCUCCACAGGCCUGAAGGCAUUCUGUAGUGAGCUUUGCUUCACACAGUGUCGAAGAGCAUCCUUCAAGAAGAACAAAGUAUGUGACUGGUGUAAGCAUGUGAGACAUACAGUAAACUAUGUGGACUUUCAGGAUGGUGAUCAGCAGCUUCAGUUCUGCAGCUCCAAAUGUCUCAACCAGUAUAAGAUGAAUAUCUUCUGUAGGGAGACUCAGGAACACCUCAAACAGAUGCAGCAGAUGGGAGAGGACAGUGAAGAUUCCCCCUCACCCAAUGUACAUGACAAACAGAUCCUUAUUACUCCAGAUUUGUGGCUGUCAAAGAAGCAGGAUCAAGCUCGGGGUAUUAAGCGGGAAGACAAAGGAGAAGAUGAUGGUGAAGGGAGUGUAAGGGGGGAAAAGAACAGCACAUUGUCCAAGAAUUUUACAUCAUCAAGAAAGUUUGAGACACCGUCUGGAGCUGAUAGAUUUGCCAAAGAUCGGGAACGCCUUCGCCGUGCCAUAAGAGAGUCUAGAGAGGCUGCAAGAUCAUGUAGUCCACCCAGAAAUGCAAGACAGUCUUCACCUAAAGCUCCUCUUCCAGGGACUUCCGGCUUUCCUCAGUGGAUGCCUCCACCACAUUUGAUGGGUGGCCUUGCUCCGGGAAUGGCAUCACUGGGUAUGUUCAACCCUAUGAUGUUUGGUGGACUUUUUGGAAACCCAUCAGAACGACCGCCCCUUUUAACACCAGAUGCAGGAUGCUCUAGCAAACACAGAGACAGAUCCCAGAGUACCUCUGGGGCCCCACUGUCCUUGUCCUCACCAGAAAUAUCUCCUUCCUCCACCAGUACAACACCAAACCUCCCUAGGACCUCUAGCUCAGCUGCAGAACCAAACAUAAGAUCUGUCUCAUCACAUAACCCAGCUCCGCCUCUUGGACCAGGGUUACCAAGAGGAAAUUUUGGAGCAGGGUUGUUCCCAUUUGGAGGUGCUCCAGGGGCACUACCUCCCAUGUUUCCCGGUGAUCCAGGUAUGGGAAAUAUGUGUCCUCCUUUCUUUAAUCCCCUUGGUCCAGGUCAGUUACCCCAUCCAGGGAUGCCACCACCUCCAGCAGGCAAUGGCGUUCCUCCUGUCACAGUUAUGGUACCUUUUCCAGUUGUUCUUCCUCUUCCAAUACCAAUCCCUGUACCUCUACCUAUAUCAAUGGAAAAACUCAUGAAAUUCAUGGCCGAUAAACAAACAGAAAGCAAUGCCUCCUCCUCCCCUGACACAAAGGUGGGCACAAGUGCAGAUGAAGUCCAUCUCCGUGAUACAUCCUCCCCUCAGUGCUCCACAACCGUUAAUUCACGAGUUCACUUCCCUGGAGAGAAUACACACAGGAGAUUAACUGUGUCCCGAGACUCUGCUUCUAGUGGUUGUAUAGAUUGUGCAUCUUGCAAACAACCAGACCGUCAAAGAUCUGAAUCAGCUGAACCUGCGAUCACACAGAGGAAAGACCUCAAACCUUCUUUUAUGAUAGACUCACACAUACUGAAACGGUCUCUCACACCUACCACUGCCAAGACACUUGAGCUGACCAAGAGACCAAAACUAGACCUGAAGAGCAAUCAAACAGGUGCAAUAGAUCUGUCAAAAGACAGCUGUGUGUCCUCGGAUUCAGAGGUCAUGGGCAAAGAAAAUCAUCGGGUGUUUACGGUCAAGGAUCGGCCAUCUUCAGAGUCCUCAAAGACUGAUGCUGAGGACUCGGAAGUGAACACAGGUCUGAAAGUGCCCAGGAUUCAUAUUGUCUCCACAGCUGGAGAACCAUCUCUUGCUUCACAACAGCUCCCUCUUCCGCCGACAGAUCAUGCGUAUUCUCUACGGCGGAGCCUCAUUUUAGACGCACCAAAUGUCCCCAAGCAGCAGAAGAACUCUUACCAAGAACGCCCCUAUGUUCGGAGUGUUCCGAGGGACAUGAUAGAGGCUGCUCGUAGACGAUGUCUGAGAGCUCGUGUCCGAACAAAGUGAAUUCAGUCACUCAGGCUUACACCAAGGCCCUUGACGCCAAAAUGUUAACAAAAAUAUGACACAUAUAUUUGAAAUAAGAAUUCAAAGAGCCAAGAGUAUUUGUUUUAACUACAUUGUUUUGUAAAUGUAUUUUUUCAUACAUUUUGGCGUCAAGUAUCAUGGCUUAACAUAUACCAACAGUUCCAUGCAUCGUCUAGGGUGUUACUUAAUUAUAUGGGUAAUACAGUUUUGAAAAUUAAAAAAAUGUAUUAAUUUAUUCUUUGCCAGCAUUUAACAAAGUAGUGCUUUACAUAUAUAUUUAUGUUACAAAUACAUGUUGUGAUGUUCCAUUCUUGAAAUGUCUCUAACUUUGAAAUGUAUCUUUGAAUGUUUUCAUGCAUUACAUAUGACUCUAGUCACAGCUUGUCUUAGCAAGAGUAAUGCUCUUCUUGUCAUGUGAGGAGCAUAACCGAACGCACUCAAAUUACGCAAUAGAGUUUUAAGAUAAUUUAAAUUUCUCUGCAGGCGAUAGCUUCCAUAUGUCGAUCUGAAUUAAUGUUUUGUAUAAAGGCAAUAAUUUUAACACUGAGGACGUUAAGGACUGACCGACUAAUGUUUGUCUAGGGGCAGUCAGGAUUCGAUAGGUAACUGAGCCUGUGUAAGACCACUUGUCUUUUGGAAUUAAUGCAGAAGGGGUCGUUGUCGGCACGGGUAGUACAGACGUGUACCCUGGUUUGUUUCUCUACACAGAAACUUACCCUUGCCAAAAUCAGAAUACAGAAACGUACCCAACGACAAGUCCAUUCCGCACUGUGUUGUUUCAUUGAUUGGAACUGUCAUACUGUUGUAUUAGAUACAUUUGAUUGCAUUAUAUAAGGAAUAAGCAUACACAGAAAGAAUAUUUCGCAAUGCAGAAUACCACCCGAAACCAGUUGAACGGACACAACCACAUAGGGUAUCUGUUUGGGGUGAGGAAUAGGAACUUGUCCCCCGUUAAGAGUACAGGGUACGUUUCCUUAUUUUGACUUUGUUAAGGGUGCAUAUCUGUAUACAGAGACAUACCCGGGGUACAUAUCUGUAGUACCCAUGCCGACAACGAAGCCUUCAGCACGCCUAUGUCAUGACCCAUUCUCUGUGCCUCAUACAUACACAAAGACGGAUUGAAACCUAUUUUUGUUUGAGCUUAGGUUAGUGAUAAGUUUAAGUUUGUUUUCUUUCUUGAUUUGGUGCGUCAAUAUGCAGUGAUUUUGUGAACACACCUUAGUAUGUUUAGUUCGGUUUUCGUUUCUCUGUUAUUUUGCAUAUGUUUCCGGCUGCACCGGAUGUGACGUUUGUGAUGCGGUUCGUUAUCAGGAGAUUGCUUUGGCCGUUAGAUUAGUAUCAACCGAUGUAUAAAGUGAAGUUACCAAGUGUACCAGACGGGUUCACAAGCUAGUUCCCCUCGCCUUUCUGGCGUGUAGUUAUUUACUCCUGCUACAGGUGUUAAUCUCUAAAGGAUCUCUUUCAGAUUUGUGGUUUCCUACCAGAUCUACAUUUUACUAGCGGUUAUGUAAAGACAUUUUUAGUUCAAAUUUUUAAACUUGAUCAAGACAGGGAUAUCGUUUACAUCUAAUGCGAGUACACAAAGACGCAUGUAAGUAUUAUAAAGAAGUUUAUUGUAAGUUGAUAAUGUCAACUCUACACACACAAAACGUCUUGUUAUAUUUCAGAAAUAUAAGGGCAGUAAACACCUUUAAUCCAGACAGAAACUUUUCCAGUAAAAUCGUAUUUUAUAAUUCAUUUCUGGAUUAAUAGGUAUUGAAUUAGAAUGUGACAUAACGUGGUCGGUAAGGCCGGGUUUCCAGACUAACAAGGUAACACUCUAUGGUAUUUCUUCCAUCUGGCGAAACUAAGGAUUCUAAUGUACAUUUAACCACACUUAAAAACCGACAAAAGUGACAGUAUCCAUAUUCAAGCGACCUCUGUAAAUUUCGAUUAUUCUCUACU